CGAAAAUCAGAAUCAUCAUUUCUUCCUCCAGUGGCAAUGUCCUCACUAGCUAUCAAAGCUCGAGCCAAAGCCAACCCACUCCUAACAUGGCGAGCCCUCCGUUUCCGCACCAUCUGCAGCGGCGGUCUCGGUUUCGCCACGUCUGAGUCCGACCCACCUUACCCACCAGUGGCAGGGACCAAGUUUCUUGAGUCAUUUAAAGAAGAGUUCGAAAUUGGAUCCAGGGUAAUUUCACUUGAAACCGGUAAAAUUGCUCGUUUUGCUAAUGGGGCUGUCGUUUUGGGCAUGGAAGAGACCAAAGUUUUGUCCACUAUUGCCGCCGGUAAAGGCGACGCUGUUCGAGAUUUUUUACCCCUCACUGUUGAUUAUCAAGAGAAGCAAUUUGCUCAAGGUGUCAUUCCAAAUACAUUCAUGCGGAGGGAGGGUGCUCCAAAAGAACGUGAACUUUUGUGUGGUCGCCUCAUUGAUAGGCCCAUACGGCCUCUUUUUCCUGCUGGUUUUUACCAUGAGAUCCAGGUAAUGGCAAGUGUUCUUUCUUCUGAUGGAAAACAAGAUCCAGAUGUGAUGGCAGCUAAUGCGACAUCUGCUGCUCUUAUGUUAUCAGAUAUUCCAUGGGGUGGACCCAUUGGAGUUGUGCGAAUUGGGAGAAUUUGUGGGCAGUUUAUUGUUAAUCCAACUAUGGAUGAGCUUAGUUUAAGUGAUCUCAACUUGGUAUAUGCCUGUACAAGGGACAAAACCUUGAUGAUAGAUGUUCAAGCUCGUGAAAUCUCCGAAAAAGAUUUAGAAGCUGGUUUAAGACUGGCUCAUCCAGAAGCUGUUAAAUAUCUUGAACCUCAAAUCAGACUGGCUGCGAGAGCUGGCAAACAAAAGAAGGAAUACAAAUUGUCUAUGGUCUCAGAACAAACUUUUGAAAAAGUCAGAAACCUGGCAGAAGAACCAAUAGAAGCUAUUUUUACUGAUCCUUCCUAUGGCAAGUUUGAACGUGGAGAGGCUCUAGAGAAGAUAGCACAAGAUGUAAAAAACGCACUUGAAGAAGAAUGUGAUGAAGAAAGCUUAAAAGUUCUGCCAAAGGUUGUAGACACGGUCAGGAAAGAGGUUGUUCGCAAAAAGAUUAUUUCUGAAGGAUCUAGAGUUGAUGGGAGACAUCUUGAUGAAGUUAGGCCAAUAUACUGUGAAGCUGGCCAUUUGCCUAUAUUGCAUGGAUCUGCUCUUUUUAACCGUGGAGAUACUCAGGUUCUGUGUACUGUCACACUUGGAGCACCUCAGGAUGCACAACGCUUGGACUCCUUGGUUGGUCCCCCAACAAAGCGCUUCAUGCUUCACUAUAGUUUUCCACCAUUUUGUAUCAAUGAAAUCGGUAAACGAGCAGGCCUGAACAGACGUGAAGUAGGGCAUGGAACUCUUGCGGAGAAAGCUCUUCUUGCUGUGUUACCUCCUGAAGAUUGUUUCCCAUAUACCGUUCGCAUCAAUUCCGAAGUCAUGGCUUCAGAUGGUUCAACGUCAAUGGCAACUGUUUGUGGAGGCAGUUUGGCGUUGAUGGAUGCUGGCAUUCCAUUACGAGAACAUGUUGCAGGUGUUUCAGUGGGUCUUGUUACUGAUGUUGACCCUGCAACUGGUGAAAUUAGGGACCAUCGUAUAUUAACUGAUAUUUUGGGUCUGGAAGAUCAUCUGGGAGACAUGGACUUCAAGAUUGCUGGAACAAGGAAUGGAGUUACAGCAAUUCAAUUGGAUAUAAAACCUGCUGGAAUUCCGUUAGAUAUAAUAUGUGACUGUUUAGAGCCUGCCCGUAAAGGUCGCCUUCAAAUCCUUGAUCACAUGGAGCGAGAGAUUAGUGCACCUCGAACUCAAGAUGAUAGAAAUUCUCCUCGACUAGUUACCCUGAAGUUCACCAAUGAUGCUAUUCGGAAAUUCAUUGGGCCUCUAGGUUCUGUUAAAAGAAAAAUUGAAGAGGAAACAGGGGCACGGAUCUCUGUAGGCGAUGGAACAAUUACUAUAGUUGCUAAGAAUCAGGCUGUGAUGGAGAAAGUGCAAGAUAAGGUUGAUUUCAUAGUUGGCCGUGAAAUUGAAGUUGGAGGAAUCUAUAAAGGCAUUGUGACAUCAGUCAAAGAAUAUGGUGCCUUUGUGGAGUUCAAUGGUGGACAGCAAGGCCUGCUACACAUUUCUGAGUUGUCACAUGAACCGGUGUCUCGGGUUUCAGACGUGGUGUCUGUCGGCCAGCAAAUUUCUUUGAUGUGCAUAGGGCAAGAUGUUCGUGGUAAUAUCAAAUUAUCUCGUAAAGCAACUUUACCUCAGCCUGGAUCUAAGACAAAAAUUGCAGUUGAAGGAUCUGCUCCUGUUAGUAAAGAAGCACCUAACGUUUGGGUAUCACUUGAGAAUGUGUCUAAUGGAGAACAGCAGACAUCUACUGUAGAGGAGUUGCCUCUGAGAAAAAAUGAGGAUGCUGAAGCAAAUCCUUUUGCCUCUUCAGCACCAGCUGUAGUAAUUCGAAGUGCUGCUGAGUGUGAUGAGGAAGAAAAAUCUGCUGGUUUGAGUAAGACUGCCAAAAGUGCACCUAAACGAAUGGGCAUUUUGAAAAGGAAUAAUAAGCUGAAAACAGUCCAACCUUCCAAUAACAAGCCUGAUUCAACACUCAGCAGUCUGUUGUCAAAUUCCUUGUCUCUAAUGGGAAGGGAGAAAGAAUUUAUUAGUGAAGAUGAAGGUGAGAAUAAUCUGAGUAAUCAGAAGGACAAGGAAACUGAUGAUAAGACUCCUAUGACACCUCAAAAGCUAAAGUUAGGAACUAAGGUUACUGCCAAGGUUUAUCAAAUUCGUGCACGUGGUUUGGUUCUUGAUUUGGGUGGUGGAAUUCGUGGCAUGUAUAGGUUUGAGCCCAAUGGUGAGAAGGACUUCAAUGUAGGUGAUGAGUUGCCAGUCCAAUGUUCAAGUUUUACAUCUAAAGGUAUCCCUGUCAUGUCUUUGGUGGAUGAGGAAUGAUAGCACAUUGACAGUCCAUUCUGAGAAUAAUGUCAAGUAGAUGGCCUUGCGGAUUGUGGUUGAAUGAUAUUCUUGUUCCAGUGACUGAGCAUUGUCGAAUUCUUGACACAGUUUUUUGGUGAACAAGGUUGCACGGAGAAGGCAGGUGCAUCUUUAUAAUCUGAUUCAAAGAUAUAAAUUUAUCUGCAAUUGUUCGAGGAAGCUUUUGCAACCUGCCUAAUCUAUGGAAAUGUCGAGAACGCUGACACCUAAUGGCAAGCUAGCUGUUCAAGCAAGGCUUAACUUUUGCCACUGGACAAACAAUCAUACCUUUCUUUAACCUCAGAGAUUUUGAUAGUUGGAUGGCCUCUUAGUUUCUUACUGUAUUUUGUAAAUUCGAACAUUCCAUUUAUCGAUAAUAAAUCCCGGUAUUUGAAGAAAUAGGGAGGAACUAGCUGCUGUAAAUUUUCUACUGACCUUGCUCUUAACCAGUUUAGGUUCAUUGAUUCUGCAAUAGAAUAGAAUCCUUGAUUGAUAAUAUAUGAUAUUAUAUAUCAAGUAUAGCAAUGGUUGUAACUUGAAGUCUCCAAUGUAAUUGAUUUUUCCAUUUGUACAAUUAGAAUAUAUACCACUGACAUUUGGAAGUA